AUGGCAGAUGCGGAAUGGGAGGCUCAUAAGGCAGAGAUUGAGCGCCUUUACAUCAGAGAGAACAAAAAGCUAGAGAAGGUCUUGCAAUUCAUGGAAGCAACACAUGGCUUUCGCAAAACGAAAAAUCAAUACACGGCAAGAUUUAAGAAAUGGGGUUUCAAGAAAUAUCGCAUGGGCGCUCUCAAGUGGAGACACGUAAACCGGGAAAUACAAAAGAGGGCAGCUGAAGGACAGAAUCUCGAAGUCUGGUUCGAUGGUGUCAAUUACAAUCAAAAAACAGUGCAAUUUGAGAUCCAUCGUCAGGGAUUUCAGAGAGAGAUUGACAAGUAUCGUCGAGAACCAUUGUCCCCAACACCUGAAGGACUUAUUAUCUGCUCCCCUGGUCCGUCGAUCUUCCAAUUUACAUGGCCACAGAAUCUCCCAUGGUUCAUUUUCUCCAAUACUGCGCUAAGCAGACUACAAAACGUCCCGAGCAACCCAUCUAUUUCACUGGAACAUCCAGGGGUUCGGGAGAAAGACCUACCUUCCCAAAUCAUUGAACGCGGCCUCAUCGAUUCUCUCAGCUCGCUUAUGAUCGGAAACCAUGCCAAAGUGCUGCGCACCGGACGCAAUAGCUCCAGGGUAGCAGCAGCUCUGAGCUCAAUAAUGCCUGAACAACACGAAGGUCAAAAUCUUUACAUAGCCGAAAGACUUUGUGGUCUCAGAGGUGGCAGUGAUGCCGUGCAGUGCUUACAAGUGGCAUUUUUUCUGCUUUCCAACAAUUUUAAAAUCAGUGAGCCUGAUGAUAAUUCUUGGAAUUCGAAUAUACGAAAUCACUUGAAGAGACCCUCGGAUGACGAGAUGAAUGGUGACUUUGACCAUGAGUGGGAUUUCCUUUCCCAUAAUAAGCAGCCAGAACAGCCCAGAACCAGCAAGGAAGAUCAAACGAUCAUGGCAUUAUUCUAUCUUUCGGGCCUCAAUACUGUCAGCAACCUCAAAGAUCUACUUUCCCUCCCCGGGGCAACAGCACAAGUUAUAUCGCACAAGCUUUUUGCAAGUGCGGUGAGAUCUAAGGAUGUAAGAGCAGUUUGGAUGGCUUUGAAAGCUGGUAUGAGCCCUGAUACCAAAGUUUUACAUGAUGGAUGGCUCGUGCCACCUUUGAUAGUGGCUUCCAACUUCAGAGACCCCCGAGCAGCUCUGGACAUGUGUAACUUGUUCCUAUCAUAUGGUUCUGGGCUCAAGAAUGUCGAAGUUCUAGAAUGGGCGCUUUGUCAAGCAAUCUACUCAAGAAAUAAUGAGCUCGUCAAACUAUUUCUGGCUCGAAAUAUUCCUAUAACAGGAGAGGCAUUGUGCGCCGCAAUUAAGACGGAAACCCCAGACAUUCUCUCUAUGCUCCUUGAUGUUGACCCCAAUAUAAACAAACGAAGUGGUGAUGUAUAUGAUCUUACAAUCCUCGGGCUAGCUGUGGACCGGAACGAUGUUUCUCUGACGAAAUAUCUGCUUGGCUUAGGCGCGGAUGUUGACGCAAUCCAAGACGUGAAAUUCCGUGAAAACUGCAUUCUCAAGUCAACAACACUGGGACUCGCGAUAAGGAAAGGCAACGACGACAUAAUUGAUCUUCUUUUGGAAGCUAAUCCAAAUAUCAACCACCAAGAAGCAUCAGAUAAAUACAUCCCCCCACUCGUCUUAUCGGUUGAGGUUGAAUAUGGCGCCAUCAAUAUCACACGGCGUCUGCUAUCCGCGGGUGCAGAAGUCUCUACUGGUGAUGGAAUUCAAGGAAUGAGCCUCGUGCAACGGGCUCUUAAGAAAAACGAUCUUGAAACUUCUAGACUGCUCAUAUCCUACGGAGCCAGAGUAGAGCCAACUCAGAUGGAGAAGUACUAUACCUCCAUCCUGUAUAAAAAUGUGGAGAUGAACAAUCUCGACACUGCAAUUUCCCUAUUGAGCUGGGGCGCAAGGAAAGAUGAAAUUUACAACGGAGUCCCAGACACCAUCCUCGGCGCAGCCAUAGCAAAUGGGCACUGCGAAAUGAUUAGAUCUCUUCUCCAAGCUGGAGCGACAAAUACUGGACGAAGUCUGAUUCAGAUUGGGAAUUUGGAAACUACAGUGUACUUGGAACAGCUUGGGCUGCUGCCUGAAAUCCUCCAUCGCUAUGGUCAACCGAUACUCGUGUCUGCUAUCAAGAUGUCCCGGGGAGGCGAUGAUGGUCUUGUCCGAUAUUUGCUCGAUCGUAAUAUUGACAAGCAGCCCAAAAAUGUCGGACUUGAGCCAUUUUCCGAUAUGAAAAAGUAUUCUAGAAGGCAGACUCGGUCUAGAUUCAGUUGGUGGCACCCGGAGCGUUUCGGUAUCUCCGAUGUUUGCACAUCUCCGCUUGCAGCUGCAAUUGAUUCCUUAGACUUUCCAAAAAGCCUCUCAUUAGCGAAGCUUUUAAUUGAACGAGGAGCAAGAAUCGGAGAUCUUGAACUGACAGCAGCAGUCGAGCAUUAUCAAUGCGAUUCGAAACAAUUUGAAAUACUUCAACUGCUUUUGGACAAUUUGUCACAGCAGCCUUGUGCUGUCCCGAAUGCCUUCAUGAAGGCUUUGCAAGAUCAUUGCACUAUUUUCCUUAUGCGACGCUUUUUGGAAAUUGGUCUUGACCCCGGAGGCAAAGUUGAUGCCUACGGAUCUCUGGGAAGUAUAUUCCUGUACCAGCUGCACGGAUUCAUCGACUACAAAGUUCUCGAUUCUAUCCUUGAAGUAGCAGUCACUUCGCAAGAUGGUGCAUCACUCAAGACCUUUCUGUAUUCUCGAACAUGGACUCCAGUUGAGAAAGGACGUGCGCUCACCACAGCCCUGCAUUACUAUCGCAAUUUCGCGGUACAGGAUUUAUUGGAUGCCGGUGCCGAUGUGAAUCAGGUGGUCGAGCUUGAAUAUGAAUUCCCUUCGCCACUUUGGAUUGCCGUUAAGUGGCAGGAUAUCUCUCUAACCAGACGCCUGAUUGCUCUCGGUGCUGAUUGUGAUGCGAGCAACUCGUGGUACGAAUCCAUGGAAGAUGUCCCAGAGACAUCAAUCCUCUGCGCUGCAGUGGAGACCGGAAACAGGCACAUUGUAAAGGUCCUCCUUGAUGCAGGGGCAGAUGUCAACCGACCAGCCCCGUCUCACUGUGGAAGAACGGCAUUACAAUACGCGGUGGAAGAAGGAAAUGUUCCAGUAGUGGACAUGCUAUUGGACGCUGGAGCAGAUCCUAAUCAGUGUGCGGCCGAAUCUAGGGGCGGAACAGCGCUCCAGUUUGCUGCAAUCAAGGGAUACAUCGGUAUCGCUCUCAAAUUACUUGCAAAGGGAGCAGAUGUCAACGCAAGAAAGUCUUUGCGAAAUGGCAGAACAGCGUUGGAGGGGGCUGCGGAACAUGGUCGCAUUGAUAUGCUGCAGCUGCUUCUGAAUGAAGGUGCAUCAAUUGUGGAAAGUGGCCGCCACCAAUACAUUCGAGCAGUCAAAUUGGCAGAAAAUAAUGGUAAAUUCGGUGCAGCAAAGCUACUCAGAGAUCAUGGGGGUUGGACUGAGUGGGAUGCAAGGCAGUAUGAACAUGAGAAGUUUUAUGAUGAGAGUGGCUGGGGACCUUCGGAGCCACCUUCGCCCCCCACGCUUAUAGGAAAUCACUGGUAUCACCACCGCUUUAAAGCAAUCUAG